AGCAAUAACAGUGACAAUAAGAGAGAGUAGAGUUUGUUUAUAGUUAAGGAGGAGUAUCUGGGAAAAUAUAGUUUAAGAUGGAAAUAUAUAGAGAGAGAGAGUUAGGGGAAAAAUGAAAGGUGGGACCAUGGGGAUGGCGUCUUUUUGAAAUGGCUUUAAUCAGGUUGUCGUUCUAGGUUCCCUAGCUUGGAUCUUGGCUCUCUACUCCUCGCUUCAACGAGGAGAAGAGGGAAUGGCGGCUUACAUGUGUGCAGACAGUGGCAACCUCAUGGCGAUUGCGCAGCAAGUCAUUAAGCAGAAGCAGCAGCAAGAGCAGCAGCAGCAGCAGCAGCAGCAGCAACAGCAGCAGCAACACUUGCUACACCACCAACAGAACCCUCUCUCCCUUCACACUCCAAUUCCAUGGAACAACACUCCUCCUCUCGGCUACCCUCUACCUCCCACCACCGAUUUCCCCCCCGACCCCUUCCAACCCGAUCCCCCUUUCCACUUCCAACCCGACCCCCACUCCUUCCGCUUCUCCGACUUCGACUCCGACGACUGGAUGGACUCCCUCAUCGCCGCCGCCGACACCACUGAUUUCCCCUUCCCCCCCUCCGAUCUCAACCCGCUCCCUCUCCAACCCACUCCCCCUCCCCCUCCCCCUCCACCGCCCCAGUCCCCCGUGGACUCCGACUCCGACUCCUCCGUACAUCCCCUCCUCAAAGCCCUGGCCGAGUGCGCCUCCCUGGCCGAAACGGAGCCGGAUCAGGCCGCGGAAUCCCUAAGCCGUUUGCGAAAAUCCGUUUCCCAGCACGGAAACCCCACUCAGCGAGUGGGCUUUUACUUCUGGCAGGCCCUCUCCCGCAGAGAAGAAAAGGGCCAUAAUAGCACUUGGGAUGAGGAGUUAACACUCUCUUACAAAGCCCUGAACGACGCCUGCCCUUACUCCAAGUUCGCUCACUUAACCGCCAACCAAGCCAUCCUUGAAGCCACCCAAACCGCCUCCAACAUCCACAUCGUCGACUUCGGUAUCGUCCAAGGGAUUCAAUGGGCCGCACUCUUGCAAGCUUUCGCCACUCGUCCUUCUGGAAAGCCCAAUAAGAUCAGAAUCUCCGGCAUCCCCGCCCUCUCCCUUGGUUCCUCUCCCGGCCCCUCUCUCUCCGCCACCGCCCACCGCCUCUCCGACUUCGCCAAGCUUCUCGACUUGAACUUCCACUUCACUCCUAUUCUCACUCCCAUUCACCAACUCGACCGCAACAGCUUCUGCAUUGACGACACUAACGAAGCCUUGGCUGUUAACUUCAUGCUCCAGUUGUAUAACCUCCUCGACGAGCCUCCCACCGCUGUUGACACUGCGCUCAGGUUGGCCAAGUCUUUGAACCCCAAAAUUGUCACCCUUGGCGAGUACGAAGCAAGCGUCACACGUUUCGGCUUUGUCAACCGCUUCAAGACUGCGUUUAAGUACUUCUCUGCUGUGUUUGAGUCUCUGGAGCCUAAUUUGGCCGCGGACUCGCCGGAGAGGUUUCAGGUGGAGAGUCUUCUUCUCGGGCGGCGAAUCGCGGCGGUCAUUGGGGGGCCCGGGUCGGUGAGGAGGGAGAGUAUGGAGGACAAAGAGCAGUGGAGGGUUCUGAUGGAGCGUGCUGGUUUUGAAUCAGUGAGUCUAAGCCAUUAUGCAAUUAGUCAAGCUAAGAUACUUCUCUGGAAUUACAGUUACAGUUCUCUGUUUUCGCUGGUGGAAUCUACACCACCGGGGUUUUUGUCUCUGGCUUGGAAGGAUGUUCCUCUCUUGACCGUCUCCUCUUGGCGUUAGUUAAUGGGUUCGACUUGGUUGAUUGUUAUUGGAAAGGGUUUCCACCUGGUCCUUUUUUCCCUGGUGUGGAACAACUAAUUAUUAUUAUUAUUAUUAUUAUUUGUCGAUAUGCCAUGGAUGAUCGAUCAUGUUGUGCUAUGCUAGCCUCUUCAAUUACUGAAGUUAUGCAGAAGAUUUGAUAUGUGAAUUGGCUGGCACUACAAGAAAUUGAGGUUUUUGGGAGAAUUGCCACCUUUAGCAGCAGUUUGGUCCUCUACUAGUUCCACACCUCCUUACUUUUGUUUUUUUAGUUGAUUUUUCUAUUUCUUAUCAGCGUUUUUUUUUUCUUCUAGUGGCAAUGAUGUUAUUAUUAGCUUCAAGAAUUGGCUAGGCAAACUGUGACAAUGAAAAUAGGGAGAAAUGGGAUGGAGAAAAGCUUUCUUUCUCAUUGCUUCUAGUCAUUGUGAUUUGUGACUCUGUAAAUUGGAUUUUGUUGUAUGGAUUUAAAUUGGUCUGAAUGAAUGAAAUGAAUAUCAAAGGAUUUUUAUCUUUA